CAUGGGACGGACUUCGAUGAUAUCUCUAUUUUUAAGGCUCCUGUGACAUCACUCAGUAGUGAGAAACUUUAUGAAUGUCCCAAAUGUGGUAAAUGUUUCUGCUUUUCAUCAUAUGAAGCACAUGUGAGAGGUCAUAAGAUUGAGCCUAAAGAAUGUUGUAAAACCUACAGCCCGUUAUCAGUCAUUUCACAUAAAAACUUUUAUAAAGGAAAGGAAUCUGGGAAAACCGUUAGUUAUUCCUCACACCUCACCACUCGUAUAAGAACUCCUGGUGGAGAGAGGCCCUUUGUAUGUAAGCAUUGUGGGAAGGCCUUUAGUGAAGCCUUAAAUCUCACUCGACAUAUAAGAAGAACUCACAUGGAACAAAGGCUUUAUGAAUGUAAGCAGUGUGGGAAAGCCUUUAAAUGUUCCACAUACCUCACCACUCACAUAAGAACACACAGUGGAGAGAGGCCCUAUGAAUGUAAAGAAUGCGGGAAAGCCUUUAAUCAAGGCUCAAAUCUCACUAUACAUAUAAGACGAAAUCACAGUGGAGAGAGGCCCUAUAAAUGUCAGGAAUGCGGGAAAGCAUUUAGUGAUUCCUCAACCCUCACUAAACAUAUAAGGACUCACAGUGGAGAAAAGCCCUAUGAAUGUAAGGAAUGUGGGAAAGCCUUUAGUGAUCCUUCAGCUCUCACUAAACAUAUAAGGACUCACAGUGGAGAGAGGCCUUAUGAAUGUAAGGAAUGUGGGAAAGCCUUUACUUCUUCCUCAAACCUCAGCACUCAUUUGAAAACUCACAGUGGAGAGAGGCCCUAUGAAUGUAAGGAAUGUGGGAAAUCAUUUAGUGAUCCCUCAACCCUCACUAAACAUAACAGAACUCACAGUGGAGAGAAGCCCUAUGAGUGUAAGGAGUGUGGGAAAGCCUUUAGUUGCUCUUCAAAUCUUCGCACUCACAUAAGAACUCACAGUGGAGAAAGGCCUUAUGAUUGUAAGGAAUGUGGAAAGGCUUUUAGUGAAGCUUCAAAUCUCACUAGACAUAUAAAAAGUACUCACCUAGAAGAGAGACUUUAUGAAUGUAAGCAAAGUGGGAAGGCCUGUGGUUCCUGAAACCUCCACACUCACAUACACUUCUCUCACCAAGGAGAGAAGUCCUAGUAAUGUAAGGAGUCUUGGAAGGUCUUUUGUGAAGCCUCCGAUCUAACUAGGCAUAACUGUAGUUAUCACAUUUAUCAGCAAAAAUGUUCCAAAGACUACAUUUUCCUCAUUCCUGAGCAGUUAAAUAAUAACUCACAAUGGAGGGAGGACCUAUGAGUGUAAGAGAUGCCACUUCUCAUGAGAAUUCACACUGAAGAGAGGUUCUUUGACUGCAUUAGGGCCUAACAUUUCAAUAGACACAUUAGAACCUGCAGUGUAGAGAGGCUUUAUGAAUAUAAAAAUGUGAGGAAGCCUUUCCCUUUUGUCAUCUUGGGCUUUGUUGAAAUUGGUCAGCUGUUCAAUUUUAUCUAUGACUUCGAAGGAACCUAUGACCUAUGACUUUUAUCUAUGACUU